CAAUUGUUGAAUUUUUUAUGAAUUGAUAUCUUUUGGCAUGAUUUUCCAGGGCUUUGCUAUGGUAUAAAUUAGUUACAAAUGCUUGCCUUUCUUUCGUCAAAUAUCUUGAUUGAGUUGCAAUCUUCAAAGUAACGAAGAUAUUUGGGUCUAAUUAGAUUCGCUUUACAAAGUGUUCUUCUUGCUGCAUCAAUCAAGCGCUCAGUUAUUAGUCUCCUAUUGCUGCUAUAACAGCAUAAGUUUCGCAUUUUUAGACUGACCUACGAAUACUUCUUAUUUUUGUUGAUUAUCAAAGACAGUCGGAAUAACGAUGCAGAAAUCAGAAGGUGUCAUAAACAGGGGAUUGUCAUUUAUGGAUCCAGAGUCUUUUAGACCGCGUCUGAACAGCAAAAGCGAAAAUAGUGGAAACGAUAUCCAAUUCGUUGAUGAAACUUCUGACUCCACUAAAUCAAAUGAAAAGGACAAGGAUACCAAAGAAUGGACGCAAAAUAUAUCACCAAUUGACAACCAGAAUGAAGUCGAUAAUAAGGAUGAUUCGGAUAUUAGUUCAACACAAGAACUGUCCGGUGUGGAAAAAGCAAGAAAAUUGCGUGAAUUAUGGUCGCGCAAGAGCAUGUAUAUUGCUUAUACAACUGUGUUUCUCCUUACAUUCGUUCUCAGCUUCCAAAUGCAAGUAUACUACUCACUCUAUGCUUACGCUAUCUCGUCUUUUCGCGCUCAUUCGUUGGUCUCUACUAUAAGUACUGUUGCCAGUAUCGUCAAUGCUGUUAUGAAACCACCAUUGGCAAGAGUAUGUGAUGUUUUCGGUCGACUGGAAGCUUUUACUAUUUCUGUUGUUCUGUACGUCAUUGGCUUGCUCCUUAUAGCCUGUUGCAAAAAUGUCCAAACAUAUGCCGGCGGCGUUGUGAUGUAUAACGUUGGCUACUCUGGUAUGGAGUUCAUCAUAACUGUGUUUCUGUCUGAUACAUCGAGUCUUGCAUCAAGACCACUUAUGAUUGCCAUUAACAGCUUGCCAUUUGUCGUUACUGUUUGGAUUGGUCCCUUAGUUGGACAAGCGUUUUAUAAGCAUUCCACUUGGAGAUGGGGUAUUGGUUCCUGGUGUAUCAUUGUUCCCGUGUGUGCGUUGCCAUUCUUUAUCAUUUUCUGGAUGCAUCAAAGAAAAGCUACCAAACUUGGUCUUGUAAAGCCAGCGACUGCAAUCAAUCCGCGUCGUUUGUUCCAUCAAUUCGAUGUUAUCGGUAUCUUUUUCAUGACGGCCGGUUUCUGUUUGUUGCUAAUCACUCUUACUCUUGCCGGUUAUAAUGGUAACAAAUGGAGACAAGCCCGCUACAUUGUUAUGUUUGUCCUGGGUGGUGUUUUCAUUGUCUUCUUUGUGGUUUACGAAAUCAAACUGGCCAAAUAUCCUUCUAUUCCUUUCCGUCUCAUGCGAGAGCCCACAAUUGCUGCCUGCUGUACGAUUGCAUUCUUGUUAUAUUUCACUUUUUACUGUUGGGACAACUAUUUGACUAGUUUCCUUCAAGUGGUACACUACACUACAAUUAACUCUGCUGGUCACAUAGCCAACACAUACUCGUUUGGAGCAUGUGCUACUGCCAUUAUCGUCGGUAUCCUUGUCCGUGUUUUCAAACGUCAAAAAAUAUUCCUUUUGCUUGCUGUUCCUCUGACCGUUCUUGGACAAGCAUUAAUGAUUCGCUAUCGUGGUACACAAUACAACUGGGCUUACCAAGUAAUGCCUCAAAUUUUUGUCGCUCUUGCAGGUGGUACUAUCAUGACUUUAAUUGUUGUGUGCAUGCAAUCUGUUGUUAAGCAGGAAUACUUCGCUAUUCUUACGGCCCUGUUGUAUACUGUCAUUUCUACCGGUGGUGCUGUUGGAAGCUCCAUCUCUGGUACUAUUUGGAUUAACAUGAUGCCAUCCCGACUUAAGCGAUACUUACCUGAUGCUUAUAAAAACCAGACCACUGCUAUUUUUGAAAGCUUGGUCACUCAACUCAGCUACCCGCGUGGCUCGGAUGCCCGCAAUGCCAUCAUCCACGCUUAUGAAGAUGUUCAGCGAGUUCUUACAAUUGUCUCAACCGCCUUCUCUGCCAUUCUUAUUAUCCCUGUCUGGUUUGUUGCUAAUCCCAAGCUCUCCUCCAAGACAGUUUCAUUGUUUGAAGACGAGAAACAAAGAAGAGGACAAAUUGCUUAAAAUACCGGGGGUUUUUCUCUUUUAUUUAUUUUUCAUUUCCUGUGAGUGAGAUUGUUUUAUUUCUCCUAUUAUUCGUUUUGUCUUUUUUGCUUUUAGGCAAGUGACUGGGAUCAUUGGCACUAGCGUAAGCUUUUAAUGAAUAUACAUUGGUUUCAAUGUCUAUUCCAGCUUUUUUUUUUACACCUCCCAGCCUGUUUAGUGUUAGAGAAUAAAUUAUCUAAAUACAUUUAAAGUUGGU